GCCUCGCGUAUCCCUUUGGAACCUGAGCUCCGUGGCAGCCAAGUAUCAGACAUUGAAGGUGGUGAUGCAUUGCAGCUCAGAAAGGAACAUGCCCUCAAGAUAUUUGCUUACAUCAAUUCCUGGACUCAAAGACAAUGUUUGUGCUGUUUCAAGGAGUAUAAACACCUGGAGAUCUUUAACCAAGUAGUUUGUGCCCUCAUUAACUUAGUGAUUGCCCAAGUUCAAGCUCUGCGGGACCAGCUCUGUAAACAUUGCACUAUCAACAUCGACUCCACAUGGCAAGAGCAGAGUAACCACGAGGAGCCCCUGAAUGUAGAGAGAGAGUCUCACCAAGAGGAAAAUGGGGAGAGACAAAAAUCUAUAGAGAAAAAAUUCGAUUCUGCAAGAACUUGUCUCCUGCCCGAGGAGGAGCCCGCCAAGAACACGGAUGCUUUUGGCUUGUGGAGCACUGAUGAGAAGGAGAAGUUGCUGCUGUGUGUGGCCAAGAUCUUUCAGAUUCAGUUUCCUCUCUACACAGCUUAUAAGCAUAAUACCCAUCCCACAAUAGAGGAUAUUUCAGCUCAAGAAAGCAAUAUAUUAGGGGCAUUCUGUGAUAUGAACGAUGUAGAAGUCCCCUUGCACUUGCUUCGUUAUGUUUGUCUGUUCUGUGGCAAAAAUGGCCUUUCCCUCAUGAAGGAUUGUUUCGAGUACGGGAGCCCCGAGACGCUGCCCUUUCUCAUAGCACAUGCCUUCAUCACAGUGGUAUCCAAUAUCAGAAUAUGGCUACACAUCCCUGCUGUCAUGCAGCACAUUAUACCCUUUAGGACUUAUGUUAUCAGGUAUUUGUGUAAACUGUCAGACCAGGAGCUACGACAGAGUGCAGCCAGGAACAUGGCAGAUCUCAUGUGGAGCACAGUGAAAGAACCCUUGGACACAGCCUUGUGUUUUGAUAAAGAAAGUCUCGAUCUUGCCUUUAAAUACUUUAUGUCUCCAACUCUAACAAUGAGAUUGGCUGGGCUGAGUCAAAUAACAAACCAACUUCAUACCUUCAAUGAUGUGUGUAAUAAUGAGUCAUUAGUUUCAGACACGGAAACGUCCAUUGCAAAAGAACUUGCAGACUGGCUGAUCAGCAACAAUGUAGUUGAGCACAUUUUUGGACCAAAUUUACAUAUUGAGAUCAUCAAACAGUGCCAAGUGAUUCUGAAUUUUCUUGCAGCUGAAGGCAGACUUAGUACUCAACAUAUAGACUGUAUUUGGGCUGCAGCACAGCUGAAGCACUGCAGUCGUUACAUCCACGACUUGUUUCCUUCUUUGAUCAAAAACUUGGACCCUGUCCCACUUAGACACCUCCUGAACCUUGUCUCAACUCUUCAUCCCAGUGCCCACACUGAACAGACCUUGUAUUUGGCAUCCAUGCUGAUCAAAGCCCUGUGGAAUAAUGCCCUGGCAGCCAAGGCUCAGCUGUCAAAACAAAGCUCCUUUGCAUCUUUACUGAGCACCAACCUGCCCAUGGGAAACAAAAAAGAAGAAGAGGAGCUCAGAAGAGCAGCCCCUUCACCUUGGUCACCAGCAGCAAGCCCUCAGAGCAGUGACAACAGUGACACCCACCAGAGUGGAGGCAGCGACAUCGAGAUGGAGGAGCAGCUCAUUAACAGAACAAAACAUGUCCAGCAGCGGCUUUCGGAUACUGAGACUUCCUCCUUGAUAUUGUCCCUUUUGAUAUCCUUCUUUUCCAGGCAUAUGGUUGAUGAUAUGCUCAGUGCAGAUGAUGUCAGCUGUAGUAGCUCUCAAGUCAGUGCAAAAUCCGAGAAAAAUAUGGCAGAUUUUGAUGGGGAAGAGUCUGGCUGUGAGGAAGAGCUUGUACAGAUUAAUUCACACGCUGAGCUCACGUCUCAUCUUCAGCAGCACCUCCCUAACCUGGCCUCCAUCUAUCAUGAACAUCUUAGUCAAGGACCAGCAGUUCAUAAACAUCAAUAUAACAGCAAUGCAGUGACUGACAUUAAUCUGGAUAAUGUUUGUAAGAAAGGAAAUACCCUUUUAUGGGAUCUGGUCCAGGAUGAAGAUGCAAUUCAUCUCUCUGAAGGGUUAAUAAAUGAAGCAGAGAAGCUGCUCUGUUCCUUAGUGUGCUGGUUCACUGACAGACAGAUUCGAAUGAGGUUCAUUGAAGGCUGCUUAGAAAAUUUAGCAAACAACAGAUCAGUAGUAGUUUCACUUCGUCUCCUUCCAAAGCUCUUUGGUACUUUUCAACAAUUUGGGAGCAGCUACGACACCCACUGGAUCACAAUGUGGGCAGAAAAGGAACUGAAUAUGAUGAAACUUUUCUUUGAUAACUUGGUACACUACAUUCAGGCAGUGAGGGAAGGGCGGCACAAACACGCACUAUACAGCCACAGCGCAGAGGUUCAGGUUCGUCUCCAGUUCCUGACGUGUGUGUUUUCAACUCUGGGAUCACCAGAUCACUUCCGGUUGAGUUUAGAACAAGUGGACAUUUUGUGGCACUGCUUGGUGGAAGAUUCGGAAUGUUACGACGAUGCACUACACUGGUUCUUGAACCAAGUCCGGAGUAAAGACCAGCAUGCCAUGGGGAUGGAGACUUACAAGCAUCUUUUUUUGGAAAAGAUGCCACAACUGAAGCCUGAAACUAUAAGUAUGACUGGCCUCAACCUCUUCCAGCAUCUGUGUAACUUGGCUCGGUUGGCUACCAGUGCAUACGAUGGGGGCUCAAACUCUGAGUUGUGUGGCAUGGACCAGUUCUGGGGCAUUGCUCUAAGGGCCCAGUCAGGGGAUGUCAGCAGAGCAGCCAUCCAGUACAUCAACUCUUAUUAUAUCAACGGUAAAACUGGUCUGGAGAAGGAACAGGAGUUUAUUAGCAAGUGUAUGGAGAGUCUGAUGAUUGCUUCGAGUAACCUGGAGCAAGACCCUCAUUCGAGUCUGACCAUUAUUGAAAGAGGGCUCUUAAUGCUGAAGACACACCUGGAGGCUUUUAGGAGGAGGUUUGCAUAUCACCUGAGGCAGUGGCAGAUUGAAGGCACUGGGAUCAGCAGUCACCUGAAAGCCCUGAGUGACAAACAGUCCCUCCCUCUGAGAAUUGUGUGUCAGCCAGCGGGGCUUCCCGACAAGAUGACAAUAGAAAUGUAUCCCAGUGAUCAGGUGGCUGAUCUGAGAGCUGAGGUGACCCAUUGGUAUGAAAACCUGCAGAAGGAGCAGAUCAAUCAGCAGGCUCAGCUCCAGGAAUUCGGCCAGAGCUCCCGCAAAGGGGAAUUCCCUGGUGGCCUCAUGGGACCUGUGAGAAUGAUUUCAUCUGGGCACGAGCUGACGACUGACUACGAUGAAAAAACGCUUCAUGAAUUGGGGUUUAAGGACAUGCAGAUGGUGUUUGUAUCCCUGGGUGCCCCCAGGAGAGAACGGAAAGGUGAAGGUGUUCAGCUCCCGGCGUCCUGCCUCCCUCCCCCUCAGAAGGACAACAUUCCAAUGCUUUUGCUCCUGCAAGAACCUCAUCUCACCACCCUUUUUGAUUUGUUAGAGAUGCUUGCCUCUUUUAAGCCUCCUUCUGGAGAAGUGGCUAUGGAAGAUAGUGAGAGUGCAAGGUGUGAAGAGCUCCAUCUCCACGCUGAAAACUUAUCCAGGCGUGUCUGGGAACUGUUAAUGCUCCUACCAACGUGCCCUAAUAUGUUGCAGGCAUUCCAGAACAUUUCAGAUGAGCAGGGUAAUGAUGGCUUUAGCUGGAAGGAUCUUUUGAGGAUAAAAAGUGCCCAUAAACUUCUGUAUGCCCUGGAAAUCAUUGAAGCUUUGGGAAAGCCCAACAGGAGAAUAAGACGUGAAUCUACAGGAAGUUACAGUGAUCUUUACCCAGACUCAGAUGAUUCAAGUGAAGAUCAAAUAGAAAAUAGUAAAAACACGUGGAGCUGCAAGUUUGUUGCUGCUGGAGGGCUCCAACAGUUACUGGAAAUUUUCAAUUCUGGAAUCUUAGAGCCUAAAGAACAGGAAUCAUGGACUGUGUGGCAGCUGGACUGCCUUGCCUGCUUACUGAAGCUCAUCUGCCAGUUUGCAGUGGAUCCUUCAGACCUGGACUUGGCUUACCAUGAUGUGUUUGCCUGGUCUGGGGUGGCAGAGAGUCACAGGAAGAGAACGUGGCCGGGCAAGUCCAGGAAGACCACGAGUGACCACGUGAAGGGCCUUCACAUCCCUCGUCUGACAGAGGUGUUUCUUGUACUUGUCCAGGGAACCAGUUUGAUUCAGCGACUGAUGUCAGUUGCUUAUACAUAUGACAACUUGGCACCUAGGGUGUUGAAAGCUCAGUCUGAUCACAGAUCAAGGCAUGAAGUCACUCAUUAUUCCAUGUGGCUCCUGGUGAGCUGGGCCCACUGCUGUUCCCUGGUGAAAUCCAGUCUGGCUGACAGUGACCACUUGCAGGACUGGCUCAAGAAACUCACCCUUCUCAUCCCAGAGACUGCAGUUCGCCACGAGUCCUGCAAUGGGUUGUACAAGUUGUCUCUGUCUGGGCUGGAUGGGGGAGACUCCAUCAAUAGGUCCUUUCUCCUCCUGGCUGCAUCAACAUUGUUAAAAUUUCUCCCUGAUGCUCAAGCUCUGAAACCCAUUAGGAUAGAGGAUUAUGAGGAAGAAACAGUGCUGAGACCAGGCUGUAAGGAAUAUUUUUGGCUGCUGUGCAAACUGAUUGAUAACAUCCAUGUCAAAGAUGCAAGUCAGACAACACUACUUGAUUUAGAUGCACUAGCGAGACACCUUGCUGACUGCAUUCGGAGCAGAGAAAUCCUUGACCAUCAGGAUGGGAACAUAGAAGACGAUGGGCUCACGGGGCUGCUCCGUCUUGCAACGAGUGUUAUUAAGCACAAACCACCCUUUAAAUUUUCUCGGGAAGGCCAGGAGUUCCUGAGGGACAUCUUCAAUCUGCUGUUCCUGCUGCCCAGCCUGAAGGACAGGCAGCAGCCCAAGUGCAAAUCCCACUCCUCCAGGGCUGCUGCCUAUGACCUGCUGGUGGAAAUGGUGAAGGGCUCCGUGGAGAACUACAGGCUGCUCCACAACUGGGUCAUGGCCCAGCACAUGCAGUCUUCCCAUGCCCCCUACAAAUGGGAUUAUUGGCCACACGAUGACGUUCGUGCCGAGUGUCGGUUUGUGGGUUUAACUAAUCUUGGAGCAACGUGUUACUUGGCCUCCACCAUCCAGCAGCUCUACAUGAUUCCAGAGGCCAGACAAGCAAUUUUCACUGCAAAGUAUUCAGAAGAUAUGAAACACAAGACCACUCUCCUAGAACUCCAGAAAAUGUUUACAUACUUAAUGGAAAGUGAAUGUAAGGCAUACAACCCAAGACCUUUCUGUAAAACCUAUACCAUGGAUAAGCAGCCCCUGAACACUGGGGAGCAGAAGGAUAUGACUGAAUUCUUCACUGACCUGAUCACAAAAAUAGAAGAAAUGUCUCCAGAACUGAAAAAUACAGUGAAAAGUUUGUUUGGAGGUGUUAUCACAAACAAUGUUGUUUCUUUGGACUGUGAGCAUGUCAGUCAGACAGCUGAGGAGUUCUACACUGUAAGGUGCCAGGUGGCAGAUAUGAAGAAUAUUUAUGAAUCUCUUGAUGAAGUAACUAUUAAGGAUACUUUGGAAGGUGACAACAUGUACACGUGUUCUCACUGUGGCAAGAAAGUGAGGGCUGAAAAAAGGGCAUGUUUUAAGAAACUACCUCGUAUCUUAAGCUUCAACACCAUGAGAUACACAUUUAAUAUGGUGACCAUGAUGAAGGAGAAAGUCAACACACACUUUUCAUUCCCUUUACGUUUGGAUAUGACUCCUUACACUGAAGAUUUCCUCAUGGGAAAAAAUGACAGGAAGGAAGGUUUUAAGGAAGAUGGUGGAUAUUUGAAAGAAACUGAAAGUUAUGAAUAUGAUCUGAUUGGUGUCACAGUUCACACGGGAACAGCAGAUGGGGGGCACUACUACAGCUUUAUCAGGGAUAUAGUCAAUCCCCAUGCCUACAAAAACAACAAAUGGUACCUUUUCAAUGAUGCUGAAGUCAAACCCUUUGAUUCUGCCCAGCUUGCUUCAGAGUGUUUUGGUGGAGAAAUGACCACAAAAACUUACGAUUCAGUUACUGAUAAAUUUAUGGACUUCUCCUUUGAAAAGACACACAGUGCUUACAUGCUGUUUUAUAAACGGAUGGAGCCGGAGGAGGAAAAUGGCAGAGACUACAAAUUUGAUGUUUCAUCAGAAUUGCUGGAGUGGAUAUGGCAUGAUAACAUGCAGUUUCUUCAAGACAAGAACAUUUUUGAGCAUACAUAUUUUGGGUUUAUGUGGCAGUUGUGUAGUAGCAUCCCAAGCACACUACCAGAUCCAAAAGCGGUUUCUCUGAUGACAGCAAAGUUAAGCACUUCCUUUGUACUAGAGACAUUUAUUCAUUCAAAGGAAAAGCCCACAAUGCUUCAGUGGAUUGAACUGUUAACAAAACAGUUUAAUAACAGUCAGGCAGCUUGUGAAUGGUUUUUGGAUCGUAUGGCUGAUGAUGAUUGGUGGCCAAUGCAGAUUCUAAUAAAGUGUCCCAAUCAGAUUGUGAGGCAGAUGUUCCAGCGUUUGUGUAUCCACGUGAUCCAGAGGCUGAGGCCAGUCCAUGCACACCUUUAUCUCCAGCCAGGAAUGGAAGACUGCUCCGAUGACAUGGACGGCCCCGUGGAGGACAUCGGCAGCCGCUCGUGCGUCACGCGCUUCGUGAAGACCCUGCUGUCCAUCAUGGAACACGGGGUGAAGCCCCACAGCAAACACCUCACGGAAUAUUUUGCCUUCCUUUAUGAAUUUGCCAAAAUGGGGGAAGAGGAAAGCCAGUUCCUGCUUUCACUCCAAGCCAUAUCCACAAUGGUCCAUUUCUACAUGGGAACUAAAGGACCUGAAAAUCCACAGGUUGAAGUACUUUCUGAGGAAGAAGGGGAGGAAGAGGAGGAAGAGGAAGAUAUACUUUCUUUGGCAGAAGAGAAAUACAGGCCUGCUGCACUUGAGAAGAUGAUUGCCCUGAUUGCUCUCCUGGUUGAACAGUCUCGCUCAGAAAGGCAUUUGACUUUGUCCCAAAAUGACAUGGCAGCAUUGACAGGGGGAAAGGGCUUUCCUUUUUUAUUCCAACAUAUCCGUGAUGGGAUCAACAUCAGGCAAACCUGCAACCUCAUUUUCAGUCUGUGCCGGUACAACAAUCGACUUGCAGAACAUAUUGUGUCCAUGCUGUUCACAUCUAUAGCAAAGUUGACUCCUGAGGCAGCCAAUCCUUUCUUCAAAUUGCUGACCAUGCUCAUGGAAUUUGCUGGUGGACCUCCAGGAAUGCCACCCUUUGCUUCUUACAUUCUGCAGAGGAUAUGGGAGGUCAUUGAGUACAACCCCUCUCAGUGCCUGGACUGGCUGGCUGUGCAAACCCCCCGCAACAAACUCGCCCACAGCUGGGUCCUGCAAAACAUGGAAAACUGGGUGGAACGUUUUCUCCUGGCACACAACUACCCCCGAGUGAGAACUUCUGCAGCCUAUCUCUUGGUGUCGCUUAUUCCAAGCAAUUCCUUCCGUCAGAUGUUCCGAUCGACCCGCUCUUUGCACAUCCCCACCCGUGACCUGCCCCUCAGCCCCGACACCACGGUGGUCCUUCACCAAGUCUACAACGUGCUGCUGGGCCUUCUCUCACGAGCCAAACUCUAUGUUGAUGCUGCUGUCCACGGCACCACAAAGCUGGUGCCUUACUUCAGUUUCAUGACGUACUGUCUGAUCUCCAAAACCGAGAAACUCAUGUUCUCCACUUACUUCAUGGACUUGUGGAACCUCUUCCAGCCCAAGCUCUCCGAGCCGGCCAUCGCCACCAACCACAACAAGCAGGCCCUGCUGUCCUUCUGGUACAACGUGUGCGUGGACUGCCCCGAGAACGUGCGCCUUAUCGUCCAGAACCCCGUGGUGACCAAGAACAUUGCCUUCAACUACAUCCUGGCCGACCACGACGACCAGGACGUGGUGCUCUUCAACCGCGGGAUGCUCCCGGCCUACUACGGCAUCCUGCGGCUCUGCUGCGAGCAGUCCCCUGCCUUCACCAGGCAGCUGGCCUCCCACCAGAACAUCCAGUGGGCCUUCAAGAACCUCACCCCACACGCCAGCCAGUACCCAGGAGCAGUAGAAGAGCUGUUUAACCUCAUGCAACUGUUUGUAGCUCAGAGGCCAGACAUGAGAGAGGAGGAGAUAGAAGACAUAAAGCAAUUUAAGAAGACAACCAUAAGCUGUUACCUGCGCUGCUUGGACGGACGGUCUUGUUGGACGACUCUGAUAAGUGCCUUCAGAAUAUUAUUAGAAUCUGAUGAAGACAGACUUCUUGUUGUGUUCAACAGAGGAUUGAUUCUGAUGACUGAGUCCUUUAACACAUUGCACAUGAUGUACCAUGAGGCCACAGCCUGCCAUGUAACUGGAGACCUGGUAGAGCUUCUGUCCAUUUUCCUUUCGGUUCUGAAGUCAACACGUCCAUAUCUGCAAAGAAAAGAUGUGAAACAAGCUCUCAUCCAGUGGCAGGAGCGGAUUGAAUUUGCCCAUAAGCUCCUGACUCUGCUCAAUUCCUACAGUCCUCCCGAGCUUAGGAAUGCCUGCAUUGAUGUCCUCAAGGAGCUUGUACUUUUAAGUCCUCAUGAUUUCCUACAUACUCUGGUUCCAUUUCUACAGCACAAUCAUUGUACAUACCACCACAGUAAUAUCCCAAUGUCUCUUGGACCUUAUUUUCCAUGUCGUGAAAAUUUGAAAUUAAUAGGGGGGAAAAGCAACAUUCGUCCUCCGCGUCCCGAACUCAACAUGUGCCUCCUGCCAACCAUGGUGGAAGCCAGCAAGGUACAGUGGUCGCAAGGACACACUGGGUGCAGGCACAGCCCCAGUGGACACAGCUUUUCAGAAAGAAUCCAAUCUCCUGCACAUGGGGCCUAUGUGCACGUAGAUGGGAAUCUGUGUGGGCAACACAUUUCGAAGAAGCUCGGUUACUGUAGGGGCAAAGAUGAUGUUUACGACCGGAUGCUGCUGGACUAUUUCUUCUCCUAUCACCAGUUCAUCCACCUCCUGUGUCGAGUUGCAAUCAACUGUGAAAAGUUUACUGAAACUUUAGUUAAAAUGAGUGUCCUGGUUGCUUAUGAAGGUUUGCCACUUCAUCUCGCGCUGUUCCCCAAGCUCUGGACUGAGCUGUGUCAGACUCAGUCUGCCGUGUCCAAGAACUGUGUGAAGCUGCUCUGUGAAGAUCCAGUUUUUGCAGAAUACAUAAAAUGUAUCCUGAUGGAUGAAAGGACCUUUCUCAACAACAACAUUGUGUACACCUUUCUGACCCAUUUUCUUCUCAAGGUGCAAGGGCAGGUGUUUUCUGAAGCAAACUGUGCCAACUUAAUCAAUACUCUAAUUACAAAUCUAAUAAAUCAGUAUCAAAGCCUAGAAUCCGACUUCAGCAACCAGAGGGUUGAAAUUUCCAAAGCAAGCUCUACUCUAAACGGGGACCUCCGAGCACUUGCCUUGCUGCUUUCAGUGCACACUCCCAAACAGCUCAACUCAGCCCUGAUCCCAACUUUACAAGAGCUUUUAAACAAAUGUAGAGCUUGUCAGCAACAGAGGAACUCAUUACAAGAGCAAGAAGCCAAAGAAAGAAAAACUAAAGACGAUGAAGGAGCGACUCCCGUGAAGCGGCGGCGGGUCAGCAGCGACGAGGAGCACACGGUGGACAGUUGCCUCAGCGACAUCAAAGCUGAGCCCAGGGAGGCUCUGACCCCCACCAGCACUUCGGACAACGAGACACGGGACUCCUCCAUCAUCGAUCCGGGCACGGAGCAGGACCCUCCGUCCCCCGAGAGCAGUUCUGUCAAGGAGUACAGAAUGGAAGGCCCUUCUUCGUUUUCAGAAGACAUACUGUUGGCCACGCGGGCGCAGCACGCGGAGGAGCAGCCGGGAAACGGGAAAUUCGAGGAGUGCAAAGAGUUCAAAGACCUGCAGGCUCCCAAGGAUUCCAUGGGAGCCGAGGAGGACUCGGAGUUCCCUUCCACGUCGAUCUCCGCGGUUUUAUCCGACCUCGCAGACCUGCGGGGCUGCGACGGCCAAGCCUUACCGGCCCAGGACCCCGACACGAGUUUAGCAAUCAGCUGUGGCCAUUCCAGAGGACUUUUUAGUCACAUGCAGCAGCAGGACAUUUUAGACAUCCUGUGCAGGACCAUUGAGUCUACGAUUCACGUGGUCACACGGAUAUCCGGGAAAGGAAACCAAGCUGCUUCUUGACAUUAGAUGGAGCAUGUCUGCUUUUAAGUAUUUUUUUUUUUUUUAAAAUCCUUCUUCUCCCUCCCCCCUCCCCUCCAAAAAUGCUGUUUGUAUAAGUUUUGCUUAUUUCUGUUUUGUGCUUCAGUUUGUCCAGUGCUCUCUGCUUGAAUGGCAAGAUAGAUUUAUAUGCUUCAUUCUUGGUCAGGCAGAACUCCAGAUCCUUUUCUUUGUUUUUAAUUUUAUUUUAUUUUGCAUCCUACCGUACACUUUCUUAAAGGGCAAUCAGAUAAUGGCUAUGUUUUAUGUAAUUAAGAGUUCACUGUAGUGGCUUUCAUUUAAUAUGGCUGUCUGGGAGACAGGGCCUCCUGGCCCUGUAUGAUGUAAUUUAAACUUAUGGCAUUUUUACUGUGUAUAAUAUGGUGUCCUCUGUGCCAGUUUUGUACCUUAUAAUCGAGGCAGAUUGCCUCAGAUCGCUGUGGUUCUUAUUAUCAAAAUUAAGUUUACUUGUAUACUAAACAACCACAAGAAAUUUGAUUCUGUAAAGAAUCCUCUUUAGCUGUGGCCUGGCAGUAUAUAUAUGGUGCUUUAUUUAACAGAAUACCUGUGGAGGAAAUAAAGCACACUUGAUGUAAAAUUAAUUGUUUUAUUUUUAUUGACAUGAUCAAUUGCUAUUCUGUGCACUUCAUUAAACUGAUUGUGAUGACUUUUCAUUUGUUUAUAAUAUGUUGCUUCAGUCUCUGGAUUUGUCAGCAAAGAACCUCCUAAGUAAGUGCAAGAGCAGCAGAUGAAGGGCAGGUGGGCAGGACUGCUGGAAAUCUGGUGCUGGUCUGGUUUCUGUGCACAAAUGUGGAGGGGCUGGUGCUCGGUGUUGGAGCAUGAAGUGCUGUCAGAAGCCAGUGCAACUUGGCAUCUCCUUUCCUUCAUUUUAACCUGUGUGAUGAUGUCAUUUUUCUCCUGCACCAUUUGCAGACUUCCUUUCUUUUUCCCCCUCUCCCUGGCUGUGCUCCCUCAUUUUUGACAGCUGCUACAGCCCUGGAAUGCUGGAAUGACUUUAUCACCUCUCCCGUCCUGUUUCCUCCUGUUAUUUCUGAGCAAUAUCCAUUUCCUAUGUGACCUUUUGGCCUGUCAGUGAUACUGGUUUUAAUAUCCAAUUAAACUGCAUUUUCAGUUUCA